UUCAAGGAUGAAGUAUUUUUAUAUUUAAUAUACGAAAUAACUAUUUAAAUGAAAUGUGUUCAGAGUCGCUGAGGCGUAACUGUCGGAAUACGUCACUGACUUGGUUUGUUCCACUUCCGCUUCUUACGACAACAACGUAACGUAGUGCCAUGGAUACUUAGUGCACAUGGGUCACAGUUGUUGCUGACAUUUCUCGCAUUUGCAGUUUUCAGUUUGAUAUUUCUACGGUGUUUUGUGUGAAGCGACAACAACAGAAGUUAGUAUGGGUAAGAAGAAGGCAGGCGGAGGGGGCGGACUGGGCAGAGCUCUGAUAAAGGAGAGACUCCAGGCUGGCCGAGGCAACAAGAGGGGCGACUCCUGGCUCCACACCAGCGAGCUGAGUGAUGGCUAUGACUGGGGACGGCUGAACCUGCAGUCAGUGACAGAACAGAGUUCCAUGGACGACUUUCUGGCCACUGCUGAAUUGGCAGGAACAGAGUUUGUAGCUGAGAAACUCAACAUCAGGUUUGUGCCAGCAGAAGCUAGAGCAGGCAUAUUAACAGCUGAGGAGAAAAACAGGCUAAAAAGGCUGCAUGAAGACAACAAGCAUUUCCUCAAAAUUCCUCGACGCCCCCACUGGGAUGAAAGCACCAGUCCAGAGGCUCUUCAGCAGGCAGAAAAAGACAACUUCCUGGAGUGGAGACGAGAGCUUGCACAGCUUGAAGAAGAACAGAAGUUAAUUCUCACACCAUUUGAGAGGAAUCUUGAGUUCUGGAGACAGCUGUGGAGAGUCAUUGAGAGGAGCGACGUCGUUGUUCAAAUUGUCGAUGCCAGAAAUCCUUUGCUGUUCAGAUGUCCUGACCUGGAGUUGUAUGUAAAGGAGGUGUCGGAGAAUAAGGUCAACAUCCUGCUGGUGAACAAGGCCGACCUGCUGACCAGGGAGCAGAGGCGAGCCUGGGCCAAACACUUUGAGAAAGAGGGGCUAAGGGCAGUUUUCUGGUCUGCGCUGGCUGAAAGCAAUAGACUGGAUGCAGAGGAAAAGGGCAUGGAAGUGGAGGAUCCAGAGUGUGGAGAGAGUGACCCAGAAGAGAUGGAGCAGCCAGACAAUGAGGACUUGAGCCAAAAGGGGGCAGAUGGAGAGGAGAAGGAGGAAGAAGAAGAAGAAGAAGAGGGAGAGGAUAGUGGUACAGAGGAAGAGGAGCAGGAAGAGAUAACCGUAGAUGAGGAGGAGUGGUUUACCUGCUCAGAAGAUGAGGGGGGAGAAGAGAAAGGGACUGUUGGUUCAUCUAAUGAAUCCUCCUUCCACAACUCCAGUCGGCUGCUGCACAAGGAUGAGUUGCUGGCGAUGUUUAAGGCGGUUCACAGUGGACCCAGGUGUAAAGAAGACCAACUGACAGUGGGGCUGGUCGGGUAUCCUAACGUGGGGAAGAGUUCCACCAUCAACACUAUUCUACGGAACAAGAAAGUGUCUGUUUCAGCCACUCCUGGACACACUAAGCACUUUCAGACUCUGUAUGUGGAGCCAGGCCUGUGCCUUUGCGACUGCCCCGGGCUGGUCAUGCCUUCCUUUGUUUCUACCAAAGCUGAGAUGAUCUGCUCUGGGAUCCUGCCCAUUGACCAGAUGAGAGACCACGUACCAGCAGCCUCUCUGGUAUGUCAAACAAUCCCUCGGGACGUAUUAGAAGGCACCUACGGCAUCAACAUCAUCCGACCACGAGAGGACGAAGACCCCGACAGGCCCCCCACCUCUGAGGAGCUGCUGAUGGCUUACGGAUAUAUGAGAGGCUUUAUGACGUCACACGGCCAGCCUGAUCAGCCCCGAUCUGCCCGAUACAUCCUUAAGGACUAUGUCAAUGGCAAGCUUCUGUUCUGCCAUCCUCCUCCACAUAUAAAUGUUAAAGACUUCCAGCCACAGCACAGCAAGUUCCAGAAAACAGACUCGGACAACUGUGACGUCUCCUCGUCAACAAACAAACAGAAAAUCAAGAGAAUCGAAAAUGUGGUUGACAAGAACUUCUUCCAUCAGGAGAAUGUGAGAGCACUCUCUAAGGGGGUGCAGUCUGUCAUGGGCUACAAACCAGGCAGUGGACCAGUCAGCCUAGAAAAAGCUGGAUCAGAGAUGGUGGCGGGCAAACCCUGGAAAAAACAUGGCAACAGGAACAAGAAGGAGAAAGUACGCCGGCUUAACAAGCAUCUGGACGCCUGAUGAUAAUCUGAAAUCUAAGCACUUUCAAUUACAGAUCAUUUCAACUGGAGUGGAAAAACCCUGAAGUACAGUUCACAUGUGAUUCCAAAGGAAUAAAGGCUGAGCAGUACCUGUACGUAGACGUAGGCCCCUUAAUCCUGUGAGUCCAGAAAGGUCAUAUUUUGAUAUUAACCAGUGAAGUGCAUAAUCUGUAAUGGACUGCUCUGGUUCGAAAAUCAUAUUGGUGCAAUGCAUUCCAUCAACUGGAUCACCAGUUGUACCUCAGAUCUCACAGGACUGUUCGGUAAUGAAAUCGACAUCCAGAGGGUUUGAAUUUUAUAAGACAUUGAAAAGGAGAUUUUCAAUACAGUUUGCUGAAGUUUUCAUUAAACAGGUAGAAUACUGUUUGUUGGAAACAGCCUUCACUCAGAUAUGAUUUAUGUAACUAAGAUUGGUUAUCAAAUAAAACUGAAAACUUA